GGCAGCACGUGCCUCGAUCGUGCUUUCCUCACUUGAAUGCUUGCUUGCCUUGCUGUCUUACCUUUCUCUCACGGAAAACCAUGUAGUCAAACAACCGUCCCGCAACGGGAGGAAGCUGUCGGAAUUACAAACAUAACGCUCCAUUGCGACACGCAGAUGGCCAUCACGGCCUACACCCAUGGAAUCUGCAGGACAACAUGGACCGCAUCCAAGCAGCAAGCAUGAAACGUCUUUUGACCACCCGCAGUGAGCUAAUGACGAUCCCACUGUCGAUGCCAGAUGUUUUGCGGAACAACAUCUCGCACGGCGAAGACUGCACUUGCACACGACGUCCCAUUUACGACACUUGCACCGGCAUUAUGUACCUUCUCCUUGGUCCUCUACUCAUCAAGAACACUUUAUCCCUUCUCCCUGAUACUGCCUGGUUACCCGCAGGUGUUGCAGAGCUACGUGCCAACAACUACGUCUGGCACGAACCUGACCCUGAGCGCGUGCGGGAGAUCAAGUAUUUCCUCUACAUCACCCACGGUAGCAUCAUCUGCUCCCUUUCGGCGUGGUCCCCUGUGUUCAAUGCCCUGGGUAUCAACGAUCGGAACCCUGGGUAUGCACCAGGAGCUCGCGAUACAGUAAGCUGUGGUAUACUAGUGAUUACUGGCAUCGUCCUGGGGUCACUGCUCGUCACCUUCGCAGCUCUUCGGGCGAUGACAAGGAUGAUGUGGAGGGAGAUGUACUGGCCAGAGCAUGUAAUUCCAGUCGCCGGAACCGACGAUGAUCUCUGGGAGGACUUACCGACGGCUCAUCCGAAGAAAGGAAGGUCGAAGCAGGUUGCAGCUACCGUCGCCGGAUUCUAUCGACGACCAAAGCGCGGUCUCACCAACUCAGCGAGGCCUGUACGGAUCGUCCGCACCGCAACCGCUGUUGCGUCAACAAAAACUCCAAGACCAAGAUGAGUCGAAUCAUAGCAUUAACCCAACCGUUAAAUUGUUCCACGGGAGUCCUCGAAAUUCGCCAUGUAUAGGACAGAACCCAAACAGCAGUCGUCCACCGCACUGUAGCAGGAUGACGAUGCUUUGCAAAAGAAGCUAUGUCGCUGCGAAACUCCGGCUGCUAAAGCAUCAGCAUAGGCGCAGAACAUUACUGUCAACAUGUAAGUCACGUCAAAUGCUACCUGGUUUAUUACCUGGUUUCCCCGUCCAGUCGUAUGAGACAUGAUACUGUCUCUCCUGACGAGAAUCAUUCACUGCAGCAUACUCUCUGCAGCGGACGGUUCAAGCGCGCAGGGUAGUAACGGUGAAUAGUUUUGGCAAGCGCAUAUCGACAUGUAUCAUAGGGUAUCGGUCUAAACGCUCGACAGCCUCCCUGCGCCCUAGGUCAUGUAUUCAACGUCUCAUAUAAGGGUAUCCCAGUCCGACAGACGCUCACUCACUUGCCAAACACCCAAU